AUGAAAUUGUUUACGUUUCUUCUGUUGUUACCGGCAUGUUUAGCACACCUCAAUGUUUACUUGAGUAGUGCUGAAGUAUGGAGACUACUGGGACUAACAGCUGAGCUCUUCUACGUGCGCGACGGACAGAUAAAUUUCUACGCGCUCAAUUUUGUUGUGCCUGUGCCGGCAACAAUAGGAGAGCUGCACUUUACAUGGCAGAGCCUUACAAGAAGACCGUUACCAUAUACGUUACGCGUGGAAGUAGAACCGGACCAGCAAGCUUUACAUACACCGACUCUCAACAUCUCUAGCGAAGGAUUCGUUCCUACGGAGCCACAGACAUGGCGAGUUGAUUUGCCAUGUACGCGCACGGUGGCCGCCGAAGUCGACGUCACUAUAUCUCUUAAUGUAUCUACUGGCUCAUCUUCAACUGCUUUGCAUUUCCGUCGUCGAAAAAUAUGCCUUAAGGAAGCACCAAGACCAGCAGUAAGAGUGGAUAGUGUGCCACAUGCACCGACAUCGGCAGACAUCUUUUAUGCCGGGGCUGGAUGCGCAGGCGGCGCACUCCUAAUAGCUGCGGUUGCUGCGAUUGGAUGCAGGGCGAGAGCAAGGAAACUUCGUAGAGCAAGAAGCGAUGAACAAGAUGCUCAUGCAUUCCUUCCUGACUCCUCUUGCAAGUCUGCCGCUAGCUACACCAGUUAUAGGCGACCCACAUCUCUACCGGCUGCAGCGGCUGAGGAACGAGCUAGAGAUUUACAGCAACGAAUCGCAGAGUUGACGAUACAACGAUGUAGAGUGAGGCUGCGCUCGGUUGCCAUGGAAGGGACCUUUGGCAGAGUUUAUAGAGGAACAUAUGCAGAUGAAGAGGCGAGAGAGCAAGAAGUUUUAGUAAAAACCGUUGCUGAACACGCUUCCCAAGUUCAGGUAUCACUGCUUCUUCAAGAAGGUUGUAUGCUCUAUGGAUUACAGCAUGAGCGUGUUUUAUCUGUUCUUGGCGUAAGCAUCGAAGAUCAAACGGCACCAUUCCUGCUUUACCCUUGGAGCGGUGGUUGGAGGAAUUUAAAACAAUUUCUCUUAGCCUGCCGAGGAGUUAAUUUAGGUGUUUCAUCGAAUGGACCUCCUCCACCGCCUCUGACCACCCAACACGUUGUAAGAAUGGCACUACAUGCCUUAGACGGCCUGCAAUAUUUACACUCACAGCACGUACUGCACAAGGAUAUCGCAGCUAGAAAUUGCAUAGUGGAUGAAAAUCUUCGUGUAAUGAUCGCAGAUAACGCGUUGUCGCGAGAUCUAUUCCCUGGAGAUUACCACUGUUUAGGAGAUAACGAAAACAGACCAAUUAAAUGGCUGGCUUUAGAAGCGUUAUCGAAGAAACAAUUCAGCCCAUCGGCAGAUGUAUGGGCUUUAGGGGUGUUGUUAUGGGAGUUGACUACUUUGGCACAUCAACCGUAUGCCGAAGUAGAUCCUUUUGAAGUCGCCGCAUAUUUACGGGACGGAUAUCGGUUGCAACAACCAGCGAAUUGUCCGGACGAAUUGUUCGCAGUAAUGGCCUAUUGUUGGGCGAUGUCGCCAGACGACCGGCCCACUCUGCCGCAACUACAAAUAUUCCUUCGAGAUUUUCAUACACAAUUAACGAGAUUCGUC